CGCCGCCAUCUUGGUUCAGUAGGGAGGACGGUAGGCGUACACCAGCUUGCUAGCCAUAGCAAGCUCUGUAGAUUAACUUUAAUCUACGAGUGUCUGUUGAGCGUAUUGCAGGAAGACCCCACUUCAUCGCAUUGCUGCUUUAACGGAACUCAAAUGGAUACACGGUCAUUAGUAGUUUUAUUAUUAGGGUGCUAACAGGUUGAAGGGGGGCGACCGUGGUGCGGAUCUCUCGGGUGUUUUAUUUCUGAGUAGACGAGCUACUAUGAAUGGAGGAUAAAUGUUGCCGAAGGCUGACAGCAGCUGUUUCGUCUUCUUCUCUCUUCUCUUCGCCCUCGUGCAAACGGAUCCACCGAAGACAGAGCAUCGCUGCAACCCGGGCCAGUUUGCCUGUCGCAGUGGGAAGACUCAAUGCAUCCCGCUGGACUGGCAGUGCGAUGGCUGGACCGCCUGUGACGACAAGAGCGAUGAGCUGGACUGUCACCCUAUAAAGGAGGAGCGGUUUGGCUACGGCAGCAGUGCGGACCAGGUGGAGGAUGUGAUGGGCGUCGCCCAGCCGGCGCGCUUCAACAAGAAGUGCCCGAGCGGCUGGCAUCACUACGAGAAGACGGCCAGUUGCUACAAGGUGUACCUGCGGAAGGAGAACUACUGGCAGGCCGUGGACACCUGCCAGAAGGUCAACGGCUCGCUGGCCACCUUCGUCACAGAUGAGGAGCUGCAAUUCAUCCUUAAGAUCGACGUGGAGUUUGAUGACAAGGUCUGCGAGCAGACUAGAGAUCAGUGCAAGUUUUGGGUCGGCUACCAGUAUGUUAUCACCACUCAAAACCACUCCCUGGUUGGGCACUGGGAAGUGGCCUAUAAAGGGCUGAUGCAGGCCUUCCUGCCCCCCGACAGCCUGCCCAGCUUCUCCCAGGAGGGCGCGCCCAUGCAGGACAACGUGUUCUGCGGCCAGCUGCAGCGCUUCCAGAGCAAGAGCAUGAACGAGCGGGGCCUGCACAGCUGGAACGCCGAGAACUGCCACAAGAAGUUCCCCUUCCUGUGCAAGAGGAGGCAGACGUGCGUGGACAUCAAGGACAACGUGGUGAACGAGGGCUACUACUUCACGCCAAAGGGCGACGACCCGUGCCUGAGCUGCACGUGUCACGACGGCGAGCCGGAGAUGUGCGUGGCGGCGCUGUGCGAGCGGCCGCAGAGCUGCCAGAACUUCCGCAAGGACCCCAAGGAGUGCUGCAAGUUCACGUGCCUAGACCCAGACGGCAGCAGUCUGUUUGACUCCAUGGCCAGUGGCAUGAGGCUCAUCGUCAGCUGCAUCUCCUCCUUCCUCAUCCUCUCCCUGCUGCUCUUCAUGGUGCACCGGCUCCGCCAGCGUCGCCGCGAGCGCAUCGAGACGCUCAUCGGAGGAAACCUGCACCACUUCAACCUGGGCCGCCGCGUGCCCGGCUUCGACUGCGGCCCGGACGCCUUCGGCACGGGGCUCACGCCGCUGCACCUGUCGGACGACGGCGAGGGCGGCGCCUUCCAUUUCCAGGAGCCCCCGCCCCCCUACGCCGCCUACAAGUACCCGGACCUCCACCACCCGGAUGACCCCCCGCCCCCCUACGAGGCCUCCAUCGACCCCGACAGCCGGCUCUACAUGGAGCUCGUGCGCAGCGCUGUCCCCGUGGUGGCUCGGCAGCCUAACACCAUGGCCCGCUGUCUGCAGGUGGCCAUCCCCCAGGUCCCCCCGGCCCCCCUGCAGCAGGCCCUGGGCCCCCCCGCCGGACACCGGGAGGACUCCAUCGACAGCAACACGCUCCUGGUGGGGCCCGACACGCCCACCGACGGCCACGCCCCCCCCCACACCACCGUGGCCGUGGACUGCGGCAGCGCCGGCCUGUCCCUCAGCACGGUGGUGUGAGGCUGGGGUCUGCGGUCAUACCCAGACUGGCCGGCAGGGGGAGCCAGCGAGCCGGCUCAGUGUGAAAGUGGACUGGCCUGGUCUAAUAUUUAGGCAAGGGGUCAACGGCAACGAGAUCUAAAAAAAAUGAAAUAGAAUGAAAGAACAGAGUUUGUACAGUCGGUGGGAGAAGUUCAAAGAAAACAAACUAUUAUUUCAGGUGUAGGAGAGUCGUAAUGCAGUCACAGUUUUCAUUCGUGGUGGUUUGUGGGGACCUGCCCGUGUGUGGGUCCUCUCUAACUGGGACCCGGUCAUCCAGAAGAGGAUCCGAAGAAGACUUUUUUUUUCUUUCUUUCUUUCUUGUGCAGUCCAGAAGAUGCUGCAGUGGCUUUGUGUGCGAGCUUCGACUCCUGAAUUUCUAUCAGACAAAGCUUUUGCAAGUCUCGAGAUUUAGACGCCAUGUUAAGAACUGUUAAUGUCAAGUCCCGCCCCCCCCCCCCCUCCUUCCCUUUUCAGUUCGGUGCCUGUUUACUUUAUUUUCUAUUUUUCUUCUUCAGUUCUUUAGAAACCGACAUAUGGUGAAGGAAUGAGGGAGAAAGAGUCUGGUCCUGUUUGUCUCUUCUUUGUCUCACAACGCUGUGAAAGUAGGCGUGUAUGGAGUCUUGGCUCGCGGACCGAACAUCGCCCCCUGCUCCUUUAGUGUCCCGGCACUGAUUCAAACAUCCCUGAUGUCUACCUGGUGAGAAGUAGACAAGCAUUUCCUAUCCACAUAGAGCGAGCGGUCAUCCAGGUUUAUAUGUGCAUUCGGAGUCAGGCGGGUGGGGUAAUAAGUGAGUUUUGUAGUCGCGAGCGGAUGUUUUUGUACCUAUUGGGAAGCUGGGUACAGUUGGCUUUAGCUGCGUCCACAAUGUUUAUCAAAAGAAGUUGAUGUGUUGAAAUCUUUUUUGGAAUAUAGCUUAUUAUUCUUUGCACUCAUACUGUCACUACAAUACUACUACUACUACUCUCUUUUUUUUUUGCUGAACAAAGGAUGUCUAAGCCACCACCAAAAACAGAACAAUUAUUGUCUUGUUUAAAUUCAUUUAUAUGUGGUUUUUAUGUGUAUUAUUUUUUUAAGCGGUACAUCUUAGUUUUUUUGGCAAGUUUACUUAGGCUGCCUAAUGGUCAUGGGUAUUUUUUAAAUAUUGUACCUGAUUUUGUUGUAUUUCUGUUAAGCAUUGGUGGCUAUGUUAUCUCUCCUGGUCAUAUUAUUUCUGCUUCUUAUUUCAACAAAAAUAAGAAAAGAAUGCUCAAAAACCCCAAGUGGACAUGAUUUACAUUUGAAUGCCCCUUUUAAUGCUGUUCUAUUACAAAGCAUUCAUUUAAUAGGUGGACUGAUAUUUUCUAGGCCCCCCGAAUCUUUGCAGUUGUGUUUUUAUACUCUUGUUGCCGAAUUCCACUAAGGCCCGGCCCGUUAAUACAAAAAACAAAGCACAAAAACAAAAUGGCCUCUCUGAGGUUUGUCAUUCAGCAGCCAAAUUCAGGGAUUUCAUGGCCUGGCCAUAGACAGAAUACAUAACCACCAGCAACGCUAUGCCUUUCUAAACGUGGCUUGCCAUUCUGUGUGCGUGUAUUUCCGAGGCCCCUAAGAGACAGAGAAAAGAGUGCCUGUUAUUGGGUGCGACGCUCUCAUUUCUGAAUGUAUGUACAAUGCUCAUCUUGUUAAGUCUUUUCUGUUUGUCUUUUAAGUUUAUUUAAAAUAUGUUUUUGGCAACGACAAUCCACAGAGGAUUAUCAGUGAGCUCCAUGAAUUGUGGAAGUUGUUGCAUGUGUGUACAGACGAAGGUGUAUUGUUUCCGAUUGGGUCUUUUGGGGGCUUAUGUUUUGACCUAUAUGGAGCAUGUGAUUAUCUUAAGGCAUGCUGGGGGAUUUUUAUUUUGAAAGCAUUGUAAGUAAAACUCAUCUAGGUUGAAUCAUGAAUCAAGAUGUUUGCCCAUGGUUUAUUGUUUGUGUGCAGUUCACCCCCCCCCCCCCCCAAAAAAAACAA